CGGGGGGUGGCGGCGGCGGCGGUCGUCGCUUGCUCCUGGGCGCUGCCUUCGCCCUGGGUGGCGGCACCGGUCUGUACCUGGCGGCGCAACACCGCCUGCGGGAGCACUCGGCCGCUGAGCCACACUCUUCUUCAGCGGUUGUACAAAGUGCCUGUCAGAACUGAGAGCUUGCUUGAGAUGUGAAACUGCGUUCUCUGUUAGAUAAUUGCUGCUUUUUGCCAGCACCCACGGAGGGUUGUGUAACCAAAUAAGUUGCAAAUAAGAAGCAAAGUGAGAUGGCUGCGUUUGUAUGACUACCGGCCAGCACGUGUCAGAUUGCUGAAGUACCAGCAGUGUUGGGAAACAUCCCUGCUGCGAUGCUUUGCUCUCUGUGCUACCCCGCGUUCUCCUCUCUGAGUUGAGCACAGCUGCUUGCAGGGGACCUGCAGCUUACCCUCUACCAAUAUAAAACAUGCCCUUUCUGCAGUAAAGUCCGAGCUUUUCUUGAUUAUCAUGGACUGCCCUAUGAAAUUGUGGAAGUGAACCCUAUAAUGAGGAAAGAAAUCAAAUUCUCUUCCUACAGAAAGGUGCCUAUCCUGCUAGCUAAUGCUGGAAGCACUCUGCAAUUGAAUGACUCUUCAGUGAUCAUCAGUGCAAUAAAGACCUAUCUCAUUUCCAAGAGGAAUAGCUUAGAAGAGAUUGUGUCCUUUUAUCCUCCUAUGAAAACUGUGACUGAUCAAGGCAAGGAGGUAUUUGAGUAUGGGAAUAAAUACUGGCUCAUGCUGGAUGAGAAGGAGACAAAGCGAGUCUAUCCUGUCAAAGAAGUAAGAGUGGAAGAAAUGAAGUGGAGAAAAUGGGCUGACGAUUGGCUUGUUCACCUCAUCUCCCCCAAUGUCUACCGUACCCCAAGAGAAGCCUUCGCGUCUUUUGAUUACAUUGUCCGUGAGGGAAAGUUUGGCACUGUGGAAGGUUUCUUUGCCAAGUACAUGGGGGCCAUUGCCAUGUUCUUCAUUAGCAAGAGACUGAAGAAAAGACAUCACCUCCGAGAUGAUGUCCGACAAGACUUGUACGAAGCAGUUGAUGAGUGGGUAAAAGCCAUCGGCAAACAUCGACUGUUCAUGGGUGGAAACCAGCCGAAUCUUGCUGACUUGGCUGUAUAUGGGGUCCUCCGAGUCAUGGAAGGGCUGGAGGCCUUUGACGACAUGAUGGUUCACACCAAGAUUCAGCCUUGGUACCAGCGCAUGGAAGAAGUCAUUCAAAAAGCUGAAGUUGCAGUCUGAUGCCAGCUUCAGCUGCCUUUCUGAAGUACUUGCAUGGAAAAAGCUUCAGAAGGAAUGACGUUUUAUUUCUUAAAGAGUUGAAUGGACUGGUCACACCUAAUGGACUGACACGCAGGUACAGAGACUGUCCCAUUUAGGGUCCUAAGUCUCAGCGAGCAAAAGGGAUCCAGCUGCGCACAAGUUUGAAUGUGAUAUUUAGAAGGACGGGGACAGGUAAAAGGAAGGGAUCUUGGACACUGCUGGAAAGGAGAAGCUCUGACUGAACUGAAGAAUGUGCCGAACAGGCUUCUUUUAGGUGAGAGCCGUGCUCAGAGCAGGUUACUGUAAAAGCAAGCUGCUUUCUUGGCUAGUAAGUGUUACGGCCAUAUCAGACACAGUAGGUCUGAGCAGCUUUUGCUUCAGGCUGUCUUCCUCCAUUCAUCCAUGUCAUCCAAAGUGUUUUUCUGAGCGAGACACUGGAUACUAGAUUUUAAAUGACUCUUAAUUUUUCCUGCAAUAGAAUCCAGUAAGCCCAGUGCUGAGGGAACUGGAGGAAUCCAUGACACUGGCAAAGGCAUCCUUCCUAAGUCAGAAAAGAUGCUGCGCUUGACAGAUUGUAAGCUUUUACUCUUCCAUGUAAACGGUUCUUUCACUACCUGGUUCUGUACGGUCUGCAAGGAUAAAGGCUCUUCCUGUGCCCUU